UGAAUUCGGAAUGUCAAAGGUGUCAACGAGCGACGUCCGCUAUGACGCCUUACCCCUUUCCAUUUCCAGCCGUCAUGGGCGACACAUCUGUUUAUUUCUUAUAGUCAUUAAUUUUAAAUUCUUUAUUUUGUCACUUAUAGAUAAAUAAAAUCAUACUAAUAAUACAGUCCACUCUUAUUCACAACGCAACAUAUGGUCCUUCUCCCGUGAAACAAUCGGAUCGACGACCUGCGGAAAAUACAAUUUGAAAACCGACGCUUAACCGCCAUCUUAAAAUCGUCGGCGCUUCAUCGGCUGGACAAAAUUUAGCUAUUCAACAAAGAUUGCUGAAGAUAUCGUCAACAAGCAAGUUCAACAUUCAAUACAAUUUGGAAGCCUUGGACAUCACAGGAACCAAUUCUGAUGAUACAUUCAAGCAGAUUGCACCAUCCACUAACGAUUUGGAGUCUGUAGUGGAUGAUCCCAACGAGCAAUAUGCGGAGCGUGAGGAAUUUGAGAAGCAAUAUUACAGCUUAGUAGCUUCUUCACGUCAGCUGAUCAGUGCAGCGCGCAAGCCUCUACAGGGUGAAGCAGUCUCCGAGGUGGGCUCUUGUGGUGCACAUACACACAAACACAACUCAAUAAGAUUGCCUAAAAUAGACCUUCCAAAAUUCAAUGGUGCUUAUCAUGAUUGGCUGGAAUUUAGAGACACUUUUAUUUCAAUUAUUCAUAUAAACAACAACAUUGAUAACAUUAAUAAGUUACACUACCUGCGUGCUUCUUUGAAGGGAAGUGCAGCACUUGUAAUUAAUAAUUUAGAUUUUACAUCUACCAACUAUGAUAUUGCCUGGAAGUUACUCUGUGACAGGUAUGACAAUAACCGUCUGCUGGUCAAUAACCAUGUUCAAAUGCUUUUCAAUGUAGUACCAAUUAAUAAGGAAGCAAGCAAAGCAUUGCGUUACAUCAUUGAUAUUACGAAUAAGAAUCUUAGGGCUUUAUCAACAUUAGGUCAACCGGUUCAACACUGGGACACUCUCAUUAUUCAUUUAAUGACGAGUAAAUUAGACCAAGUCACAAACCGUCAGUGGGAAGAGUAUAGAAACUCAUUAUGUGAUUCACCUACAUUCUCUACAUUCAUCACAUUUCUUAAUAAUAGAGCUGACUUAUUGGAAACGAUUGAACAGACAAAGUUGGUAAAAUUACAGAGCGAUUUAUCGAAAAACAGUAACAUUAAAACAAAAAGUUUAAUUGUUUCUGAAAACAAAUUAAAACCAAUUUCAUGUCCUAUGUGUAAGCAGUCACAUUUCUUAUUCCUUUGUCCAGAAUUUAGAGAAUUAUCAGUUCAGACACGUUUGGAAAAAGUUCAACAGUUUGGAGUAUGUAGCAAUUGUCUUAGAGUAGGUCACAAUUCAAAAAUUUGUAGGUUAGGUCCUUGUAAAUAUUGUACUGUUAAACAUAAUACCUUGUUGCAUGUUCAUAAUGAACCUAAUUCAAAUAGUGCAACCAUUGCUCUCUCAGCGGAACAUUCAACUGAAAAUAAUAAGUUAUUGUCAAAUUGUAACAAUACAACCAGUCUUGCUUUCUCAGCUAAGCACACUACUGAUAGUCGUCUAACAUUACUGUCGACGGCCCUUGUUCAAGUGGAUGAUUUCAAGGGAAAUCAGUACACCGCACGAGUGUUGUUGGAUAAUGGAAGUACAGCAAACUUCAUAUCCAAAGACUUAGUCAAAAAGCUAAAUUUAUCCACUUAUAAAAUAAAAUCAAAAGUAAUGGGCAUUAAUGCAAAAAUAUCAAACUGCGACGAAGCAUGUGAAAUUUCAUUUACAUCAAAAAAUCAAGUAUUUAGAGCUAGCAUACAAUGUUUUGUACUACCUAAAAUAUCAUUAUAUAUACCUCAAGUUUACAUAAAUACAAAGGCUAUUCCUAUACCUUCGGACAUCCGUCUAGCCGACCCCAACUUCAAUACUCCGUCUUCCAUAGACAUUCUUCUUGGAGCUGAAGUCUUUUGGGACGUCAUAGGCGCGGAUCGUAUCCACAUGGGUAGGAAUUUGCCCAUGUUAUGUGAUUCGAAAUUAGGAUGGUUAAUUUCUGGGUCAAUACCUCAGAAUAGUCACCCACAACAAACAUGUAUGUUAAUCAAUAGCAUACAUGAAGAUUUAACUCGAUUCUGGGAGUUAGAUUCUAUUGCUACAAAACAUACAUUAACAGCAGAUGAAAGAGCUUGUGAACAAAUAUUUAUCAAUACUACAUCCCGUAACAAAAACGGACGUUUUGUAGUCAACAUUCCUUUAAAGGAAACGCCUAGUGUACUAGGUGAUUCUUAUACAUUAGCUAAACGUCGAUUUUUUUCCUUAGAAAAUCGUUUAAGCAGAAACGAAAACUUCAAACAACAAUAUGUAGAAUUCAUGAAAGAUUACAUUAAAUUAGGACACAUGUCAGAAAAUACCAAUUUCAAGCAAUCUCAACUGUCGAACUCCUCUUAUUUUUUACCACAUCAUGGUGUAAUACGAGAAUCAAGCACUACUACGAAAUUAAGAGUAGUUUUUGACGGUUCCGCUAAGACAUCAUCAGGUAAAUCAUUUAAUGACAUCCAAAUAGUAGGGCCCAUUCUUCAAAAUGAUUUACUGUCAAUUUUGCUUAGAUUUAGACAACACAAAUAUGUAGUAUGUGCAGAUAUAGAAAAGAUGUAUCGUCAAAUACUCGUUAAUGAUUCACACUGUAAUUAUCAACAGAUAAUUUGGAGAGAACAUCCUACACAGGCUCUCAAAACAUACACAUUAAAUACAGUUACUUAUGGAAUGUCUUCAUCACCAUAUCUAGCUACUAGAUGUCUCAUGCAGUUAGCUCAGGAGCAUCCUGAUCCAUCUAUUCAGUAUACUAUAGCAAAUGACUUUUACAUGGAUGAUUACAUAUCAGGAAAUGCUACUAUUGAUACAACAAUUAGUCAAUGUCAAAGUGUAAUUUCUGCUUUUCAAGCUGCUCAAUUCAACCUUAGGAAAUGGAAAUCAAAUUCAACAGAAAUUACACAAGCUUUAUUAAGUAAUCAUAAUCCAUCUGACAUCAUUAACCUAAGUGAGAAUGAGUUAUCAAAAACGUUAGGUUUAAAUUGGCAUUGUACUGCUGAUGUAUUUUCUUUCAACAUUAAUUUAUACCCCAUUGUUAAGGUGACCAAACGUCAUAUUUUGUCAACAAUUUCUCAGAUCUUUGAUCCUAUUGGUCUCGUGGUACCAUGUAUUGUGAAAGCAAAGAUCAUAAUGCAACAAUUGUGGAUCGCAAAAUGUUCUUGGGAUGACCCAGUCCCAACAGACAUCCAUGAUCUCUGGACUGAAUUUCAAACAACAUUACCUCUUUUAAACAGUUUAGAGAUUCCCCGAUGGAUAACUUGUGAUUUACCAGUCAAAUUACAAUUGCAUGUCUUCUCAGAUGCAUCAGAGAAAGCAUAUGGUACAUGCAUCUAUGUUCGUUCCAUCACUUCUACGGGUGAUGUGCAUGUUCAUCUUUUAACUGCUAAAAGCAAGAUAGCCCCGAUAAAGGCUACCACUAUCCCACGGUUAGAACUAUGCGCAGCUCUGUUAGGAUCUCGCUUACAUAAAAAAGUAUGUCAAUCCCUUACAUUAAAUUUUCAAAAAUCUAUCUUUUGGUGUGACUCAACUAUUGUUUUGGGUUGGCUAUCCUCGGCACCAAAUUUACUAAAACCAUUUGUUAGGCAUCGUAUUUCUGAAAUACAAGAUAGUGCAGGUGGAUCAUGGAGAUAUGUUCCGUCUUCAGAAAAUCCCGCAGAUCUCGUCUCACGAGGAUUGAGUGCUGACAGAAUCAAUAAGUUCUCACUAUGGUGGUCAGGGCCUCAAUUCUUGUUAAAUUGUGAAGAGAAUUGGCCAACAUUUCCUCAAAUAUCUCACGAGGAUUGAGUGCUGACAGAAUCAAUAAGUUCUCACUAUGGUGGUCAGGGCCUCAAUUCUUGUUAAAUUGUGAAGAGAAUUGGCCAACAUUUCCUCAAAUAUCUUCAAAUUUACCAGAUAUAGUUUGUUCCAAUCAAGUGGUCAUAACUGAAAACACACAUUGUUUAGCAAAAAUUACAGAAAAAUGUUCCUCUUUCUGUAAAUUACAACGUAUAGUGGCAUAUGUUAUUAAGUUUAUAAAUAAAUGUCAAAAGAAACCUACUAAGCAGAGUUCUGAAUUAGAGCAAUCAUUGAACAAAUUAUUAAAAUUUAGUCAGCAAGAAACAUUCUUUGAAGAAUACAAUUUACUAAGUACAGGCAAAACAUUACCUGUAAAAAAUACACUAUUAAAACUAUCACCAUUUCUUGACUCAAACAAAUUGAUAAGAGUAGGAGGCAGGCUCAACAACUCAUUUUAUGACUAUAAUGUUAAACAUCCUAUUCUUUUAUCAAGUUCACAUAAAAUAACUCAUCUCAUUUUCAACAUGUUUCAUAUAACAUUAAAGCAUGCAGGCCCUUUGCUUUUGUUAGCUAGCAUUCGUCAUCACUACUGGCCCAUUGGCGGUAGAAAUUUAGCAAAAAAAACAUGUCAUCAGUGCAUAAAAUGCUGUCGAAUAAAGGCAAAUACACUUCAACCUGUGAUGGGUAAUCUUCCAGAACAACGUUUACAUCUUGAAUUUCCAUUCUUAGACACUGGAAUUGACUAUGCCGGGCCAAUCAUGAUAGCUGACCGAAAAGGCAGGGGAUGCAAACUUGUAAAAUCAUUUAUAUGUGUAUGUGUGUGUCUCGCUACGAGAGCUGUUCAUCUUGAACUUGUUUCAGACAUGACAAAAGAAGCAUUUCUAGCUGCUCUUAGCCGUUUUAUUGCUCGGAGGGGAAAACCACGCAACAUUUUCUCAGACAACGGCACAACCUUUGUAGGAGCCUUUAACGAGUUGGCUCGAUUUCUGUCACAAGAUUUAGAACUUAGGAAUUUCGAUUCAAGUAUUAAAUUUUCAUUUAUCCCUGCUUAUACUCCGCAUUUCGGAGGUAUUUGGGAGUCUGCAGUAAAAUCAACAAAAUAUCAUUUAAAGCGCACAUUAGGUCUAACAAAUUUAACUUUUGAAGAAAUGGCAACAUGUUUAACACAAAUAGAAGCAAUUCUAAAUUCAAGACCUUUAACUCCUCUAUCGGAUGACCCAUCCGAUCUCACUCCAUUAACCCCAGCUCAUUUCCUUAUCGGACGAUCAGUGAUAUUUGCGCCACAUCCUCAAGUACCAGAUAGUACCAAUAUCACUAGUCUGCAGAGGUUUCGCAGAAUAGAAUAUCUCAAGCAACACUUUUGGAAAAGAUUCUCUCAAGAAUAUAUCUCGUGGUUGCAACAAAAAUCUAAAUGGUGUAAAACAUCUGCAGAGCCUUUGAAAGUGGGUGAUCUAGUCAUCGUAAAGGAACCAUCAUCAUCUCCGCUACUGUGGCCACUUGGACGCAUACUUCAGCUGUACAGUGGUAGUGACGAUAUUGGAAGAGUUGCAGACAUCUACACACGACGAGGUGUCAUUCGCCGCGCUUUCAACACUAUCUGCCCACUUCCCAUCAAUUAUUGAAGACACUUCAACCGGGGAGUAUGUUUGAAUUCGGAAUGUCAAAGGUGUCAACGAGCGACGUCCGCUAUGACGCCUUACCCCUUUCCAUUUCCAGCCGUCAUGGGCGACACAUCUGUUUAUUUCUUAUAGUCAUUAAUUUUAAAUUCUUUAUUUUGUCACUUAUAGAUAAAUAAAAUCAUACUAAUAAUA